AUCUUCUCCAUCGUGGUGUUUGGCUCCAUCGUGAACGAGUGCUACGUGAACGCGGACAGCCAGAACCCCGAGCUGCUCUGCAUCUUCAACAAGAAUGAGAGUGCCUGCAGCUACGGCAUCGCCGUCGGCAUCAUCGCCUUCUUCGGCUCGAUCUUCUUCUUUGUGGUGGACCUCUACUUCCAGCAGAUCAGCAGCGUGAAGGACCGCAAACGCGCCGUCCUGCUGGACCUCGGCUUUUCAGUUUUUUUCUCCUUCCUGUGGUUUGUAGCCUUCUGCUUCUUAGCAAACCAGUGGCAGCGGACGACGAUGAGCCAAGGGUUUUCGCAAGGAGCAGACGCCGCCCGGGCAGCCAUCACCUUCUCCUUCUUCUCCGUCAUCGUCUGGGUCGCGCUGGCGGUGAAGGCUCUGCAGAGAUACCGCCUGGGGACGGACAUGUCACUCUUCGCCACCGAUCAAUUCACUGCCGACCCCAACGCCCCCACAGAGACCUACCAGAGCCCCCCCUUCACCGAGACCUUAGACACCAACCCCAAAGGUUACCAAGUGCCAGCGUACUGA